AUGUCUCUCCACACCUCCUACCACGCCGACUCCGAUGCGGACGAUGAGUACGAGCGCAGUGUCAUAACUUCACCGCACCUACACAUCGACUCGGAAUCUUCUCCCACAGACUCCGAUAUCCAUUCAUCGGAACACACACCCACCAAAUUUGGACACCCGAUCGAUGGUCCUCGCUCACCGCGUGCACUCAUCACAGAAUGGGGAGUCGAUGAAUGCAAGGAAUUCUUGACAUCGCUUGGAUUGCUGCAAUAUCACGGUACAUUUCGAGGUCAGCAGAGUUGUUCGAGCAUAUUUAGUUCGCGCUAUUUACUGACCAUAAUCUACUGCGCAGAGAAUGGGAUUGUCGGUGAAGCCCUGAUCGCCCUGAAGCAUGAGGAGCUGAAGGAAAUGGGCAUCAACAGUGUGGGACAUCGACUGACGAUUUUGAAAAGUGUGUAUGAAAUCAAAGUCAAGCAAGAUGUUCCUCUCGAUGCAGACCAUUAUAUCCCACUUACGGCGGAUCAAAGUAUGAAUGAAACUGCGACACAAGAGGACCUCGCGCGCUUAAUCAAAUCGAUCCAAGUUCGAGACGAAAAGCUCAUGUUGGUUGAAACAGAGCUGCGCCGGAUCACGGACGAUUACCGGCGAUUGCGCGAAGAAAUUCUACCAGUGAUAAAAAUAGUAAAAGAUCGGUCCCACCCAUUGCCUCCACCCUCUUCGCAUGGGCAAUCUUCAGAAAACUGGCACGACAGCACGGCCACUCUCACGUCAAAUCCCCAACCCCAACCCACGCUCACCCAGGAACUUUCUUCAUCUUCGAAAAUUGCGCGAGCUUUCUCCAAGCGCAUCCAUCCCAACGGUGCCACAUCAAAAAACAAUUCGCCAACCCACCCUCCACCUACGGGCUAUGAUGGACGCUCUCACCACGACACCCUUAACCCGUCAGCCGCUGCCAUGGCCGCCUCAUCCCAUUUGACAGCCUCAAUGAAUGGAGGGUCACAACUAUCCCCUGGAAUUCCUUCACCAACGUCGCCUCACCACCACCACGCUCACCCUCAGACACUCAAUCCACGAUCAUAUACCCAACCACUCUCCACCGCGAACCGCAACACAGCCUAUGAUUAUGCCGAACAAACCCCGACAAUACAUUCUAGAGACCGAUCCACCCCGAGUCAGCUUCCAGCGUCCCGCGCGGAGACACCGUCCACUGCAUCACGUCUUGACCCACGACUCGAUAGGUCUGACUCACGGGGUGGAGGCGGCGGAGGUGGAGGCGGCAACGAAAACCCAAAUAGCGUCGAAAUCUUCAAGUCAUUCCGCGUCUCCUGGGAAGAUCCCUGCUACAAGGUCCUACCCGCUGCUCUUAAGAAAUACAACAUCAACUCUGACUGGAAGAACUACGCGCUUUAUAUUGUUUAUGGGGAUCAAGAGCGUUGCCUAGAGUUGCAGGAGAAGCCCCUUCUCUUGUUCAAGCAGCUAGAAAAGGAAGGACGGAAGCCAAUGUUCAUGUUACGGAAGAUCCAUAUGGACAACCCUUCAGGCACUCCAGGGCCUGGUGCUGCAGCACCUAACAGUGCUGGCUUUGAUGGUGGCCGACAGGGACAAAUCAAUCUUCCAGGCGGCGUGCUUUGA